UUAAUUGAGAGUAAUAUAUUCAAGAGAAAAAGGAAAAAGAAAAAGCAAAAGAGGAGAAAAAAGAGAGUCAACAACAACGCGGUUUUGCUAGAGGGGAGGAGAGGAGACGGGAGAGGGCGGGGGUGGCUCUAUCGGUCAUCUAAGAUUGUGGUUUCUAAUACUCAUGCUCUUACCAUCUCUUCUUCUGCAAACAUUUUAUUUGAAUUGGCUUCCACCCUUCUACCUAAACCUAAAAAACCUAAUCCUUUUCUUUUUUUUUAAACAUAAGCAUAAGCUGAUCAUCAUUGACGAUAACGAAGAAGAUGGGUUGCUGUGCAAGCCAAAACGUGGAUUCUAAAGCUUCUAGGAUUGCCCGCUGGCGAUCUACCGGCAUUGUUGCUUUUCGCGACGCUAAAUUGAAGGCUUUUCCAGACGAGGUUCUUGAUCUUGACAAAGCGGUGCGCACCCUUGAUUUAACACACAAUAAAUUGGUUGACAUUCCAAUGGAGAUCAGCAAAUUGAUAAACCUGCAACGCCUGGUUUUAGCUGAUAAUCUUGUUGAGCGAUUGCCAAUGAAUUUGGGGAAACUGCAGUCACUAAAAGUUAUGACGCUUGAUGGGAAUCGAAUUGCUUCCUUACCUGAUGAAUUGGGUCAGCUGGUGAGGCUUGAGAGGCUUUCCAUCUCAGAUAACAUUCUAACAUGCUUGCCUGAGACGAUUGGGAGUUUGCGCAAUUUAUCACUUUUAAAUGUGUCAAAUAACAAGUUAAAGACUCUUCCAGAAUCAAUUGGGAGUUGUUUCUCUCUAGAAGAAUUACAAGCAAAUGAUAAUCUCAUUGAAGAUCUUCCUGCAUCUGUUUGCAAUCUCAUUCACUUGAAGUCGCUUUCCCUGAACAAUAAUAAUGUGGUCCAGAUUCCUCCAAAUCUUUUGAAAGACUGUAAGGCUCUCCAGAGUAUCUCUUUGCAUGACAAUCCAAUUUCUAUGGAUCAAUUUCAGCAGAUGGAAGGAUUUCAAGAAUUUGAAGCCAGAAGGAAGAGGAAGUUUGACAAACAAAUAGAUUCAAACGUAAUGAUGGGUUCACAAGGCCUUGAUGAGGGUGUUGAUCUAUGAUUACUAUUGCCUUGAUACUCCCAACACCAUAAAUGGACGUGGGACAUCUUUAUGGGCUAAAGCAAGGGAAACAAGGGUGUUGAAUCGUGAUGGUUGUAGUUUUGGAGUAGCUAUCUCCUUUUACAGCCUGAAUAUUUUGUCACCUGUGGAAUAUAACGUAUCGUUGUAAAUGUCUUGUCUUUUCUUUUUGAAUAGUUAAUGAUGGGUGUUUUGGUGGUUGAUACAUCUCUUUUCAUUUUGUUUCUAAGACCUUAAAGUGCAACCUGAAUUCAUUUUUUAGAUGCAAACUGGUCCAAUAUGUGAUUAAAAGAACAAGAGUAGACGAGGGUUU